GGUCCUCAUCUAUCGUUGCUGAAGUAUUGUCCACCACUAAUGAGGGUUCACAAGAAGAGGCCGUUUCUCGCAGGAAGCAAAAAGGCUGGAAAGGUCCACCGAAAGUGGAGAAUAAAGAAGCAAAAGGAAACAAGUCUGCUGUAGCUUCUGAUGAAAAUGGAAACGACAAUCUCGACGACAGAAAGAAGAAGGAAAAGAAAGGUGCUAAGAAUCGUACACCUUCUGCAGAUGGGCCGGAUCAACCCAAAAACAAGGAGACAGAACUGUUGGAUGUAAAUGAUAAUAAACAAGGUAACUCCCAGCAUCAGCGUCGUAAGUCAACGGCUAACACCCCUGAUUUAUCUGGAAAGAAUAAAAGUCCAAACAAUAAUAACGUCGAUAAGUCUGCUCAUCGACGUGGUAAAUCAAUGGCUAAUGUCGGGGAGCUUCAAGGAGCUACAUCUAAAAAUGGUAACGGGAAAAUUAAAGGCAGUAAAGAUGACUCUGAGAACAAAUCUGAAGCUUUAGAAUCUUUACAACAAAUUAUCGCGAGUCUUAAAAAUUUGCCAGCAGUUUCUCCUAAACCUCAAAAGUCUGAUAAAAGAGACGGAGAUGAGAGUCCCAUUGACUCUACUUCAAAACAUAAACGCCACGAAUCUAGCGCAGCAAGUGGAGGAAAGCGUCCUAGCGCUCCUGCAAAGCAACAUAAGAAAGGGGCAUCCGUGUCUUUUUCUUUUCCUCUGACUACUGCAGUAACUGCUUCGUUGAAACCUAUUCCCGACUCGGAAGACGGAAAACCAAUGGAUAUAGAAAACGCACUACAAGACACCAUUUCUUCUUUGCGGCGUAUGAGUCUUGACAAAGGAAAAACUCAGAAGGAUAAAGAGGGUGAUAAGAGAAAAGAAGAUGGGGAAUACGAGGAGACCGAAGAGGAGAAGAGGAGUAAACGUAAAAAGAAUCAGAAUAACAAAAAAUCCUCCAAUCCAGAUGAAGCAGCUCAGUUUAACGACAAAUUGGAUUCACCAAGGUCCCCCUUCGACUUUAGUAAAAAGCCUUCUGAUGAGCAACCAUCGUCUUCUAAGAAAACCCAUCGUCGUCAUCAAUCUCUUGGUUAUACACUGUCAGUAACUUCGCCGACGACUGUUAACAAGGUUAACAAUAUUCCUCUACACAAUCGACGACACAGUGUAGCUCUCAAUGGUAGUAAGGAUGUUUUGAAAGAACUUGAAAAGAGUCAGGGCAGAUCCACUGGGGCAGAUGCGAAAGGUCAUCGUCGUAGUAAUUCCAGAAACUUUGAAAGUAACUGGCGAACAACUCAACCUUUCCAACCUUUUCCGAUAGCCAAAUUUGGCACCAUCCCGAAGAAACAACAACCAAAUCAACAAAAUUCUGGCAAUCAGACAAGAAAGUCCUUAUUCGCACCUUACCUUGCGCAAGCUCACCUACCUCAACUUAUAAAAAUGGGCCACCUUGUAUCCGGCGUUUUGCGAAUUAACAAACGUAACAGAUCCGAUGCUUAUGUGACCACAGAGAUUCUAGACGCGGACAUUUAUAUCUGUGGUUCUAAGGAUAGAAAUCGUGCGUUGGAAGGCGAUGUAGUUGCGGUAGAAUUGUUAGACCCAGAAAAGGUAUGGCAGACUAAGAAGGAAAAAGAGGAGAAAAAAAGGAAGAAAGAAGAAAGUGCUGGAAUCGAUAAAAAGAAAGUUGAUAAAAAGAAGGAUGACGUUGAAGUUGAAGGCCAAGGACUGUUGCUUUUCGAAGAUGAUGAUAUUAUUACUGACGAACAAAGACCAAAAUAUUGUGGUCAUGUGGUAGCAGUUAUGGAAAGAAUGCCAGGACAACUUUUUUCUGGUACACUCGCUCUUCUGAGACCGUCCUCAACUGCGACCAAAGAAAGAGAAGCCGCUGAAAAGGCUCGAAGAGAAGCUGAGGAAAGAGCCGCAGGUAUUGAGCCGAAAGUUGAAGAUACUCGAGAUGAUAGGAAAGACGAAAAAAAUGAGCGUCCAAAAAUCGUUUGGUUUAAACCGACCGAUAAACGUGUUCCUCUGAUUGCCAUUCCGACCGAACAAGCACCUCAAGAUUUUGUUGAAAAUCAUCAAUCCUAUUCUCAACAAUUGUUCGUUGCGUGCAUCAAACGUUGGCCAAUUACCUCUCUUCAUCCCUUUG